CCAAGUCAGUGAGGCUGCACUCCUCGGCACACCAGAACGACUCCUAUAUGUAUAUUGGAACAAUCCUUACGGAUUCUAUUUUUUAAUUUAUUAUUACUAUUAUUCUUACUAUUGGACGUUUUUUUUCUAUGUAAUGAAAUAACUAUUUACUCAAUCAAACACUUUAAUUUGAAUUCUUCUACAUUUUGGGCAAGUGCCUCAUCUAAUGUUUCUUGGAAUAAUGGAUGACUUCUGGAUUCGUUUUUACUUGUGGAUUUAACUUGAUUGGUUUUUAUACUCUUAUUAGUUGUCCCACUAAAAAACAUGGCGCUUUCUGUGGGAAUUCAUCUAUUAGCAGCUUUUGUUACAUGUGUUAAGGUUUAUGCCCAAGUCGUGCAUCACCUGAAUCAUCCAGGCCUCCAGGUGUUGUCCACAGCCUCACAUUAUUGGCCUCUUGACGCUGUGGAUGGGAUCCAUGGAUUGUGGGACCAGAUUGGAAACAGACCAGGUUAUGUUAACGGAAAUAAUAUAACUCUCAGAAUCCACAAGCACACUGUGCUCCCUUCCUCCCAUAACACUUCCUAUGUGUAUACCAAUGACUCUGCCUACACUAACAUUUCUGCAACAGUAGAUAUUGUUGAAGGAAUGGUCAACAAUGGCAUUUUCCUGAAUGGAGACAACGGUGGUACCUUUCUCCAUUUUGGAAGCUACCAGAACUCUUGCAUUAGUGACCCUACGCUGUGUGGCCCUGAUGGAAUCACCUUCUCCUUUUUUUGGAAGAACCAUGAAGCAGAAUCCCGUUUUGCUGUAGCAUCCGGAGGUAAAGUCAUCUCAAAUGGCUUCUCGGUUUACACCAACCCGCUUGGAGGAUAUGUGGAGUUCUACACUCGAGGCAACAACCAUCGAUGGAAAGUCAAUAUCAAAGUUCCAGGGCCUUUUUGGACCCAUAUUCUCUUCACAUGGAAAAAGACAGCGGGUCUGAAGGUUUACAUAAAUGGCACCUUUACUGCUGGUGAUGAAAGUGGCAGCAUUUCUGAAAACUACGGCGACCCCUACCCUGACCUUGUCAUUGGAACUGGCAACGACAAGACCUAUGGCCAUUAUGUAACAGGAGCCUUUGAUGAGUUUGUCAUCUGGGAAAGAGCUCUUCUGCCCAGUGAGAUCUUUCUCUACUACAGUGCUGCUAUAGGUCAUGCUAUAGAGUCUGCCACAACGCCGAGUGUCUUCAAAGAACUACCUUUCACGACGACAACUGUGAGAGCCGUUGAAAUGAGUCCUCCCGUCAUCAGCAGUAAGCAUGAGGUCCGAAGCUCCCAGGAUCCCGAGUCGAUUCCAGUUUUGGGCUUUCUGAAGGCUCUACCCAAUAGGACCAUUCCUCAUAACACAGCCAGCAACCUCACACAGGCUUUUCUCAAAAAUGUGGAAGAACUGCUUUCUUUUCCUGGUCUGCCAGAGCAGUCCGGCCCUGUGGUCAGCGGUUUGAUCGAAACAGUGGACCGAGUAAUGGACCACAUGGUGGUUAACUUGGAGCCCAGCCCGAACUCUCUCAUCUCCCUGGGAGGAACAUCAUUUGUUGCAGAUUAUACUUUGAUGAAAUUGCCCCAGAACUACAAUUUGCCACAUUACCGCUUCCCCACAGAGGGAAAGAACUACAUAUCUGUACCCGGGGAGGCUUUCACCAUGCAGUCUCAAACCACCAUCGUUGGCCUUUUUUACCACAACAUGCACAGCUACUACAAAGAAAUCAGCCCCGUCAAGACCAGGAUUAAUGAAGCUACUGACUUUAAGGAUCAUAAAAUCCAGGUAGCAAGCUGCUUAAUUUCUCUAAAUGUGGAGCCAUCACCAACCCUGUCAGUCAACCUCUCCGGGGCACCGCUCAUCAAGAUCGUUCUCAGCCACAUCUUGAGUGAAGAACAGAAGGAACAAGUGUUAAAUCAAACCAAUAAAGUCUUCCUGUACUGUGCCUUCCUGGACUAUAGUUCCAAAGAGGGCAUUUGGUCCAAUCAAGGUUGUGUGCGUUCAGAGGGAAACAUGACAUACUCUGUGUGUUUGUGCAACCACCUCACCAACUUUGCCAUUCUUAUGCAAGUGGUUCCCUUAAAGCUCACCACGGGCCACCGGGUGGCACUGUCAACCAUUGGCUAUGUUGGAUGCUCUAUUUCCAUUUUCUGCCUGGCCAUCACUCUCGUCACAUUUGCAGUCCUAUCGUCAGUGAGUACCAUUCGGAACCAACGCUACCACAUCCAUGCCAAUUUGUCUUUUGCCAUCCUUGUGGCUGAGAUCUUGCUGCUCAUCAGUGCCAGCUUUGACCCGGGAACGCUGCCUUGUAAGAUCAUGGCGGUCCUGCUGCACUUCUUCUUUCUGAGUGCAUUUUCCUGGAUGCUCGUGGAGGGCCUCCAUCUCUACAGCAUGGUGGUCAAGGUGUUUGGUUCUGAAGGCAGUAAACACAUAUACUACUAUGGCAUUGGUUGGGGCUCUCCACUGGUGAUCUGUGUGGUAUCAAUGACAUCAGCUUUGGGCAGUUAUGGCGAGGUUGACAACUGCUGGCUGUCCCUGAAAAAUGGAGCCAUCUGGGCCUUUGUGGCACCCGCUCUGUGUGUCAUUGUGGUAAAUGUUGGAAUUUUGAUCUCGGUUACCAGAAUAAUAUCUCGUAUCAGUGGAGAGAAUUACAAAGUUCAUGGGGAUGCCAAUGCAGUCAAGCUGACUGCAAAGGCUGUGGCAGUGCUUCUACCUAUACUUGGCAUUUCCUGGAUCUUUGGAGUUUUGGCUGUCAACACGCACUCUUUGCCAUUCCUUUAUAUAUUUGCAAUUUUCAACUCUUUGCAGGGUUUCUUUGUCUUUUUGUUUCAUUGUCUCCUUAACUCUGAGGUCAGGGCUGCUUUCAAACACAAGACCAAAGUGUGGUCUCUCACCAGCAGCUCUAUGCGAAACGUCAACGUGAAGCCCUUCAACUCUGACAUUAUGAAUGGAAACAAGGAGGGUGUAUCCCCCACUAAGAUGAACACAUGGGACAAAAGCACCAACUCGGCCAAUCGUAUUGACCUCUCGGCAGUGUAGACCACCGCCUUGUCCAUGCGUGGACACUUGUCGAGAAUGACAUGCAAUGACCUGAGUAUUUCCACGCUAGUUCAUAUGAUCAACACCCACCUCAGUCAAGUGAAAGGAAUGCCAAGUGGGAUGAUGUGUAGCUCCACCUUUAAAGACAAAUCGACUCGCCUUAGGAGUGUCUCUUUAAUGACAUUGUGUUCCCGCCGAUCGGGUUCAGUGAGGUUUCAGUGAUACAGCAUUAUUCAGUUUCUGACUCGGAUACUCUGCGCAGCAGAGUGUCUAUAUUUAUAUGUAGACUUGUCUAUAUGUUCACAGCAGUUUAUUUGGCUCAAGUUUAUUUCCAGUUUCUUGCAGAAUAAGAUCUCCUGCUUUGAAAUGCCUUACCUUAGUGAGACGACAACAGGGAAAGUGACCUAAUUAACUUUGUACUUAGCUACCUUCAAAACAAUAAUAACAUGUCACUUUUGGAGAUGUUACAACACAGUCAACUGUAAAAUAACACACCACGACUCUGCAGUAAAAUGAAUUACAUGUCAUGAAUGAUAUAUUUAUUUUGUGAUUGGAAGAUCUGUGUCAUGUCCUUUACGAUGUGUAACAGCUCAACAGAAAUCCUGUCUAUGCAUCUUUUGUUUGCAUUCUUGAAAUGAGCUGAUUGGUAUUAGCAAUACCUCACAUCUUGGCAAGAUGCAGUAUGGAAUGUUCUCUUAAGAAUAAUGAAUGAUUGUGUGUUUUGGACACGUUUCUGUGAAGUUUUACAAAGUUCUGACCUAUUUCUAGGGCGAUAUUUCAUACGUUCUGUGUUGAAAUUGAAAUGCUAUGUACAAUGGGUGGAACUGUGGAUGACAGGUUAGCACAUCCACCUGACAGUUCAAAGGUUAUGGGGUAUGUGGAGUUUGCAUGUUCUCUCUGUUCCUGCCUGGGUUAUUCUGGUUUCCUCCCACAUUCUAAAAAUAUGCAUAGUGGGUUGAUGGAGUAGUCUGAAUUGUCCAUAGGUGUGAGUAUUUGCCUAUUUGUGCCCUGCGAGUGGCUGGAGAAACCGUUCAGGGUGUACCCGCCUCUCGACCAAUGUUGGGAUAGGCAUCCUAUCGGUGGAUGUCUACAACAUAAUAGCAGGAUUGUUUUUUUUUGUUCAUAACUGUGAGAAUGACAGGAGAUGACAUGUACAUGUCAUUAAUCUGUAUCAACACUGUACCAACAACAGAAUAAAAAUAACGGAUUUGACUGUAAAUCUCUAAGCAAACACUCACAUGUCAGAUUUGAUUAUCAUUGUCAUUCAAUUUUGUUUGUGACCUUCAUUGUUUUUUAAAUGAUGGUACUAUGGUUUGUGCGUUCAACUAUCUUUAUUAAAAA